AUGGAAUCGUCCUCAGAUGCGGCGGAGAAAGCGGAGAAAGAGUCUGAGGAGGAAGAAGCGAUGGCUGAGUGGUACGGGGAGGUGCGGCAGCACAGUCCAGGCGCGCCGCUCAUCCUGUGUGGAUGCGCGGCCGACCAGCGCGGGGACGUCGACACCCUGGCCCGCCUCGCCCGGCGCCGCCGCGCCCCCGUCUCCUCGGAGCAGGCGCUGCAGGUGAGCCGGCAGCUGGGCGCGGCCACCUACGUGGAGACGUCGUCGCGGACGGCCGGGCGCGCGGUGCGGGACGCCUUCGAGGUGGCGGCGCUGGCGGCGCUCGGCAAGCUCAACUCGGCGCCGGCUGUGGGCGCCCCCAACGGCGCCACCAACGGCACCAACAACGGCACCAGCGGCGGCGCCAACGGCGGCGGGGGCACCAACGGCGGAGCCAAGGCGCCACACCCGCUCAAGGCCGAGCUCAAGGGGCGCGCGCGCUCGUGCUGCGUCAUCUUUUCUUCCUUCCUAUUUGUGAAACACCUUCCGAGCACGCUGUUGGGAUUUCAUGGUUCAGCAUUGCAGCUUCCGAAUGGAGAAGAGACACUGAAUCAGUGUGGGAAGUUCGUGCCUCCAGUUUUACUAACCUUCCCUACUCCUCGAAUAAUGUGGGAACUUCGCGAUUCCAGCAUCCCAACUGCUGCAAUACACAGAACGCUGAAACAGUGUGGAAAGUUCGUUACUGAAGGUUUACGUGCUAUUCGUGAAGAAUCAUUCAAGCAGCACUUUUGGAAUACCCUCCGAGCAGUACUGCUGGGAUCUCCUGGUUCAGCUUUGCAGCAGCCAAGUGAAAUAGACAACCUUGAAUCCAAUGGGAAGAUCGUGACUCCAGCUUUGGAUGACCAUUUUCGGUUAACCAUGGGAAGUUUCCCAUAUCAUUGCAGUGGAAAAUCCAGAAGACUACUUCGAGGAUCAGAUUUGUGGGAAGUUCGUAGAUUCACUACCAUCUUUACCAGUGGAACAUCAAUUCUAGAGUGCUGUGGGACGUUCCCUCUUUCAGAAUUCUCUGUGCCGAUUUGCGUAAAGAACAUUGGAGAUUAG